UUCCAACACCUCGUUUGUAGUCCUGAUGGUGGACAAAAAUGGAUAACCGGAAACAUAAGCAGCAUAUGUAAUUUCAAAUGUUAACUAAGUUUGUGUCAAGCUGUUGUUGAGAAGCAAUUUUUUGUAUCACAUUUCGUAUUGAAAUAUUUCAUCCAUGAGUUAAUUAAUUAAAAACAUUCUUCAUUUUUGAAUUAACUAUAUAGAAAACUUGCAUAAUGUUUCUUCUAACUCUGAAAUUCGUGUUCAGUUUCUUUUUACAUUUCAUCAAACGUUCCGUUUAUGAAGUUAAUAAACUAGUUCUAAGUAACCUUAGAUAUAGGGAUAAUCUACCUCUACAGGAUUAUUCCCGGUUCUCUUCAAAAGAGGACAAUUUGCAUAAAGAAACUUUUUGUAGCAUCAAUCAUUAUAUUCUUCAAAAUAAAGACGAUGAAUUCUCGCUUAACCUUGGCUUUAUUAAGAUUCCUGGCAAUUUGAAACUCAAUGGCAGAGUCUAUGGCUUAAAAAGUAUAAAGGAAAUUCGUCAUAAUUACUACUUUCAGAGAAAGGACAUAUGCACGAUGGCAGAAUUAGAUGCAAGCAAGUUAAUCAUACAUUACGAUGGUAUUGUAAAACUUUCAAGCAUUACUCAAACAUUUUUAAUGAACGCAGUUCUUAAAAAUGUAAAGAUUUUAAUUAUAUUAAAAAUUUACCCAUUCGAGCACAUAACAACUCAUCUUGAUGAUGUUAGAAUUGAUGGAUUGAGUAUAAUAGCCAGUGUUUCUGGACUGAAUGUAAUUAGUUGGCUAACUAAUUUAUUAAUUAUUUGUACACUCAAAUUAAUGUCUUUCAUCAUUCUAUGCUUUGUGGAAUUUUUCAUCAAGAGCUAUUUGAAUGAAACUUUCUCGAAGUUUCAUUUAUCUCAAUAUAAUGCACUAGAAAAGGUUGGUAAAAGUAAAAAAUUUACAUCAGCUCAAAUGAAAUGUUUCAGAGAUGAAAUUGAAAUCACACACGAAAUAUCUAACAAACCAAAGUUUGGUCCUAUGUCCUAUUUUUAUAAUCUUAUGAGAGGAUUGUUCGAGUUCCAUAAAGUUUUCAACAAGGUUAUCAUAUCACUAGCAUUUAAUGGAAACGUUAAAGAUCUCUCGUGCAAUUUAUUAGACUCAGUUAUAUCAGAGUCAGAUCUAAGUAAUACACAAUUAAGUGAAAGUGAAUCUAGCAAUAAUUUUUCAACUAGUGUUGAAUCCGAAUCUGGAUUCGAUUAUUCUGGACUUAGGCACGAAAACAGAAUAAAUUCGAAUGAGAGCUACUUAGAAAAUGAGGUUGAUUCAGUUUCAACUGAAAAUGAUAAUAAUAAUGAAACUAUACCCUCCCUCAAUGAAACUAGUUCUGAAAAUGAAACUAGUUCCGAAAAUGAAAUUAGUUAUCAAAAUGCAAAUGAUUCUGGUGAUGCAAAUAACUUACAUUUGGAGGAAAACUUCAGUGAGAGUGAAUCACAAUCUAAGAAUGACUCUCGUGAGGAGAGUAGCCUCUAUUUAGAAAAAAGGGAGUCACAAUCCGAGAGUGAGUCUUAUGAAAAAAUACAAUAUCGAAAUUGUCAACCAGGAAUGUGUAGGGAUAAAAAUGGCUAUGAAUCUGUACGGAAUUAUAGUGAGGAAACUUCUACUCAAAUCAAGAAUAACUCCAAUGAUGAUCAUCAACCUAAGAGUAGCUGCAAUAAUGUUGACACUCGUCUACAAAUUAACUGCAAGCCUGAAUCUGAUACUCAACCUACGAACACCUUUAAUGCAGAAGAUGAUUCUGAACCUGAUAACGUGAAUGGUAACGAUGUUACUCCUGAGAACAACUUCAAAGGUGAAGAUGUUACUCGACCUGAGAUAAGCUGCUAUAAAGACAACACUCAAUCAACAAACAACUUGAAUGCGGAAAAUAAUGAAUCGGAUUAUUUGUGAAGAUGAUACUCAAUUUGAGAACAACGCAAACGGUAAAGAUGACUCUCAACCUGAGAACAACUCCACUUAUGAAGAUGUUACUCAAUAAAAUAAAAACUCUUGAAGUAAAAAAAAAAUUUAAAAAUAAUGUUCAAUUGAAUUUAGAGUAAUUUCUUAUAAAUACGAAGUAGAAAAUUAUUUUGAAGUUCGAGUGAAAACGAGUUCAAAUAAGGAACAAUUUAAAACAAUUGUUUCUUCGAUUGAAAUUCGACUUUAAAUA